UUCUAAUGUCUUUCAAUCAAGAGGGGCGUGAAUUGGAUGAAGAAAAUCCAUGCGAUGGCCUGAGACGUUCAAAGCGCAACAAAUACCAUUUAGAUGUAGCAGCUGUUAUUAAAAGUGGUGGCUGCUCCUCUUCUGGGCGCAACUAUUCCCCGCCAGCGAAGAGAAAAUGGGCCUCGCGUCGACCUGGGAUUCUACAAGCACCAAUUUUGAGAGAAGAAUCAGCAACACAACAACAGAAAGUUUCGCCCCGACGAAAUGACAAACGGAAACAACUGGAGAAAUCAGUGGCACUUGAAAAGGAGAAAAUAAUAAACAAGGAAUUAGAACAUCAAAAGUACGUAAACGCGGAUAAACAAAAUAGCCAAACUGAACAAUUAUCAAAUACAGAUGAUGAGGGAUCUUUAUUAAAACAAAAACCCGAAAUAAAAGCACAACAGGAUGUUGUGAGAAAUGACUCUACUUUAACAGAUGCUAUAAUUGAAGGUGAAAGUGAAUCCACGGAGUUGGUUGUUCCCACAGAAUUUUUGCAAAGCCAUGUUUUUUCUGAUCAGUCUUCAUGCCAAUUAAUUGGAGAAUUUAAGCGAGUACGCAAAGUACCGGUUCGACACAAGGACUACUGCAGUGAUGUAGAAGAUGAUGAAGCCGAGGAGGAUGAUGAGGAGAGGCUUUUUAAGGAUAUCAAAACAUUUGGAGGAUCUUCUUGUCCGCGAUGUCCUGCAAUUUUUGAGUCCCGAGUUGGAUUAACUAAUCAUAUAAAAUUGCAUGGUUCGAAAAAAGUGCUUCCGUGUGAGGUCUGCGACUUUUCUUGUACAAACAAAAAAACGAUGCGCCAGCACAGGUUUUAAUUAUUUUUUUCCACAAAAUACCCAAUUUCAGACGGGUUCACGGAUUGAUUAGACGACGAGGAAAUCCAGCCUUGAUUCUGAAUGCUAAUUCGAUUGUGGGGUCUUCAGAAAACUCACGGCAAUUCCAUGUACUCGAUUCCAGUAUC